AUGACCCUCGAACCCUGUCGACGCACCCUCAACAACAACAACAAACAACAACAACAACAACUCCCGCUCUCCACACCAACCUACAAACCAACAACUCUUAACAUGUCCAACAACGUCACCGACCGCAUGUCCAACACCGCCAACUCCUACAUUGGAGGCGCCAAGCAAACUGUCGGCGAAACCAUCGGCAACUCGAACCUCGCUGCCAACGGUGCCCAGCAAAAGACCCAGGCUGAUGCCGCCCAAGCUGCUGCCGAUGCUCGCACCCACACCGAGGGACUCGGCCACAAGGCUCAGGGAAACGUCCAACAGGCCGUCGGUAGUCUUACCGGAAACACCUCCAUGGAGGCUCGUGGUCACGCCAACGAGACCAUGGGCGAUCUCGAACGCAAGGUCUAA